AUGGUGAAGAACAUCUGGGCGGACAUACCUCGCAACUACGUGUCCGACCUAGAGGUGCAGGUUGAGAAGCUGACUCAAGAAAUCCAAGAUCUGCGAGAGCGAACUCAUGCCAGGUUGACGACCGGUGGAGAUGUUACUAUUCCUGUUGAAUCAUCCUCCCAGUCCGGCCGUGAAAUAAGCAUUCUUCCUGCAGAAAGACCGCAUACAUCUGACGGAAGCUCAAGUCACUUCGACGAUUUGGUUACGAGUGUCAGGAACGUCGUCGUCGAACCUUCGAGACAGCCGCGGUUUUUAGGACAGAGCAGCGGCAUCAGUUUCGCCAGAAUGGUUAUGGCAGCGAUACAAGUCGACGCCAUCAACGCCAUUCCGUCUCCCCUGGUUCCGGAGCACCAGCCAUGCGAAACAUCUUUGUCUGCGCCAGCCAAAGCGUCUCUUCCACCGCGCCCUGUUGCAGAUCAUUUGGUGGACGUCUACUUCCAGUAUCGCACGCCGCAUCUGCCAAUCCUAGACCGCUCACAAGUGGAGGAGGCCCUUGAGAGCGUCUACCUCGCUGAUAGCGGUACCAAGCUCUCGGGUCGAGUAUUCGAAACGGACAUGUUCACCACCUACAUGAUGUUCGCCAUCGCCUUAUGCGAUGUACCUCAUUCAUCCGGCGGUCGACCAAGCCAAAGCGAAGGUUGCUUUUUCUCGGCGCUCGGUUGGGUCGAAAAGGUCCUCAGGUACUCGAAGAGUGAUCUGGAGACUCUCCGUGCUGUUCUCCUGUUGGCUCAAUUUGUCGCCCUAUUCCCUUCUCGAGGAAGCCUCUGGCAUUUGACAGGCUUCGCGCUACGCUUAUGUAUCGAUGUCGGCCUGCAUUGGGAAACCGAAGAACAAUCUCUGAAUAUGGAUCCAGACCUAUUGAACGACCGCCGGCGCUUGUGGUACUCGACUUAUCAGUUUGACCGUCUCUUGUGCAUUACGCUCGGGCGCCCUUUCGGCAUUCUCGAUGAGAGCACGCGUGUGCAGCUUCCAAAUCCAUGGAAGCGAUCUCGUCGGUGCCCCGGGCGCCAGCCCAGCGACUUUGACAUCCACACCGAACGAACUUACAACCACUUGUUCACCAUGUCAAAGCUGGAGUCAGAAAUCAAGCAUGUGCACCAUAGCCAAGUCUGGGCUUUAAAGUUGGCCUAUCCUCGGGCGAAUCACACGGCCUGGGUCCAGGACAUCCUGCCUCGUCUGCAGGAGUGGUAUGCCACGAUUCCAGAUCCUGGGAAAGCUCAUCCCUCUUCCAUCUUCGCUUCCCAGCCCUACUGGGAAGUCAUCUAUAACAACGCGCUCCUGCUGCUCUACCGGCCUCAUUCAUUGGCCCUGUACCACUCGACGGACGAACUCCUCAUCUCUUUCGAAGCCUCUUGCAAGGUGAUCGCAAGUCUCAAGGCCCUGCAGCGAGAUGGGAAAGUUGAAAUGCUUUGGAAAUCCGUCCAUCAUCUCUUCAUGGCCGGCUUGGGAGUCAUCUAUGGUCUCUGGCACUCCCAAGAAAUUCGAGACCGAAAUCCCGUUGGCAGUAGCAUUGCUACGCUUCAAUCUUGCGCAUCGACCCUUUGUGCCAUGUCAGAGACCUUCCCCGGAGCCGUGGGCUGCCGUGAUGCUUUUGAUACUCUCUCCUCUGCAACAAUUGACUGGCUAGUCACCAGGGACGUUGAGGAUGUACCCCAGAACCGUCUGGAAUUCGAGAAGCAGGUGAAAGAGGUGAUGCAACAACUGCAGCUAUCCCGUGAAGGCGCGAUGACGACAAACCCCAAUGGCACCGAUAACAUGUCAGCUAUGCUGUCAACCGAUAACUUUGAGAUUAGUGAGAUGCUCAAUUCUGCUGCGCAGUGGCCUGAGUUGGGUGAGGAGAUGGAUUUCAGUGAUAUACUGUAG